CGAACCGGCCUGAGUCCAGAGCGCCGGGGCACAUUAUUUGCUUCCAGAUCGCGGUGCGUGCAGGUCGUCAAGUCAAGAUGUUCGUCACCGUCACAUUGCUGGUGACGGCCCUUACGGUCGUGUACGUGUAUCUGGCAUGGUACAGCAACUACUGGACGAAGCGGAACGUGCCGGGGCCGAGCCCCCGUCUGCUGCUCGGCCACUUUCCCAGCUUCAUACUGCGCCAUCGAUCGUUCGUGGAAGACUUCCAAGAGAUUUACGACCAAUUCCGAUCGAAGGCCAACGUGGCUGGAGUGUUCAACAGCCGGCAGCCGGCACUGAUGGUGCUGAAACCGGAGCUCAUCAAGGAUGUGCUGAUAAAAAACUUUAAAAACUUCCAAGACAAUGAGUUUGCCGAUUCGGUCAGCAAGGAAAGUGACCCCAUCUUCGGACGCAAUCCGUUCAUGCUGAAGGGUGAAGAAUGGAAGGAGAAGCGUGCGGAAGUCACGCCGGCAUUCACCACAUCGCGGAUGAAAGCACUCUUCCCGUUCGUGGAGGACGUAUCGCACCGGAUGCGGCAGUACGUCACGCAGCACCGCACGCAGGGACCGAUCGAGACGCGGGAACUGUGCGCCAAGUACACGACCGACGUCGUGUCUAGCUGCAUUUUCGCGGCCGACGCACAGUCGUUCACCAAGGAGAAGGCCGAAAUACGCGAGAUGGGCCGGAAGCUGCUGGAACCGAACUUCCAAGUCCUGCUCAUGUUCCUGCUGAUCGGUGUAGUGCCGGCGCUCAAGAAGAUCAUCAAGAUCGCGUUCGUGCCGAAGGAGAUUGAGCGGUUCUUUACCAAUCUGAUGGAGAAUGCGGUCGCCUACCGGGAGCAGAACAAUGUGAAGCGCGUCGACUACCUCGACCAUCUGAUGAGUCUGCGCGCGAAGAAGCAGCUUACCUCGCUCGAUAUGGCUGCCCACGGUGUGACGUUCUUUAUCGAUGGCUUCGAAACGUCCAGCCUGGCGAUGUGCUUCACGCUGUACGAGUUGGCCAAAAACCCGGACUGCCAAACGACGCUACGGGACGAGCUGAUGGGCGCACGGAACGAGGACGGUACGAUCGAUUACGAUGCCCUGCUCGAGCUGCCCUAUCUCGAUCAGGUGCUGUACGAGGCACUACGCAUUUGGCCACCGGCAGCCUUCCUGUCGAAGGUGUGCACCGUGCCGACCGAGCUGGAAGUAUCGGAAGGUAAGACGGUACGCGUCGAGCGUGGCAUUGCGCUGAUGCUACCGGUUUGGGCCGUCCAUCACGAUGCGGAAUAUUUCGAGCAGCCGGAGCGCUUCAAUCCGGACCGCUUUGCACCGGCGAACGGUGGCACCAAGGUGUACCGGGAGAGGGGAUGCUUCCUACCGUUCGGCGAUGGACCGCGGCAGUGCCUCGGCAUGCGGUUCGCACUGAUGCAGGUGAAGCGGGGCCUGUUCGAGGUUAUCACCAGGUACGAAAUUUCGAUCAACGCCAAAACGCAGCAACCCCUCAAGCUGGACCCGAAAACGUUCAUCGUGUGUCCGCUGGGCGGUAUCUGGUUGGAUUAUAAACCGAUCCAGGCGUCGGUCGAUUGUGUCGAUCGGAAGCAUUCGAUAGUGGUACACACGCUGUGCCAGGCAGUAGGUUGGUGUGAUUUGUGUGAUCGUUUCAAGAUGUUGCUGAUUCUCGUUGGCGCCGGUGUGGCAUUGGUUGGGCUGGUGUAUCUGUUCCUGACGUGGGAGUUUGGUUACUGGGAAAAGUAUGGUGUGAAGGGGCCGAAACCUAAGCUGCUUUACGGCAACAUACCGAAUCUGCUAACCAAGAAGCGGCACAUCGUGUACAAUUAUGAUCAAAUUUACAAUGAUUACAAAAACGAACCAGCCGUUGGAUACUACAGCAUCAGAACGCCCCAGCUGAUGGUAAGAGAUCCGGAGCUCAUCAAGGAGGUCCUCAGCAAGGGCUUCAACAAUUUUGCCGCAAACGAUUUCUCCGAUACCGUCGACGAAAAGUCUGACCCACUGUUGGCGCGCAAUCCGUUCAGCUUGAGUGGUGAAAAGUGGAAAAAUCGACGGGCGGAAAUUACGCCCGGAUUCACCAAUAAUCGGAUUAAAGCGAUGGCACAUUUAAUGGACGAGGUGUGCGAACGUAUGACUAAGUAUGUGAAAAAUCAGGCCGGUUCCAACGGUGGAGUAGCAUCGCUGGAUGCCAAAGAGCUGAUGGCAAAGUACACCACGGACGUGGUGGCUAGCUGCAUCUUCGCCAUAGACGCGCAAUCCUUCGAGAAGGAAAAUCCGGAAAUUCGUCUCAUGGGCAAACGGAUCAUGAACUUUAACUUUGUCGUCCAGCUCGCACUGCUCGUGACCACGUUUUUCCCGUCGGUGAAACAUUUCUACAAGUUUACCUUCAUCCCGAAGGACACGGAAGAGUUUUUCAUUCGCAUCAUGCAGGACGCAAUCCGCUACCGGAAGGAGAACAAAAUCAAUCGAACCGACUUUCUGGACCAUCUGCUGCAGCUGCAGGAUCGCAAACAGAUUACGGACGUGGAUAUCGCGGGCCAUGGUGUGUCCUUCUUUGCCGACGGGUUUGAAACGUCCAGCAUUGUGCUGACGUACUGUCUGUAUGAUCUCGCGAAGCAUUCGACCAUCCAGCAGCAACUGCGCGACGACAUACGGAAGGUGAAGGAGAGCGGGGACGGCAGCAUGUCGUACGAGCAGCUGGUGGAGAUGCCGCUGACCGAACAGAUUAUUUGCGAAACGAUGCGCAUUCAUCCGCUGCUUUCGGUCAUGUCCAAGCGGUGCACGGCCGAUACGACGCUGGUCGGUCCGAAGGAUCGUAAAAUUUUCGUCAAGAAAGGAACCACGGUGGUGCUGCCGUACUAUUCGAUCAACUUCGACGAGGACUACUACGCGGACCCGCACAAGUACGAUCCGGAACGAUUUUCGCUAGCAAACGGGGGUAGCAAGCUGUACCGUGAGCGUGGCGUUUACUUUCCGUUCGGUGAUGGGCCUCGCAUGUGCCUGGGGAUGCGAUUUGCUAUGACGCAGGUAAAGCGAGCUUUGGUGGAAAUUGUGGAGCGUUUUACCAUCUCGGUCAGCAGCAAAACGAUCGAACCGUUCGAAAUGGAUCCUGAUUUGUUCAUGCUUAUGCCGAAGGGUAGUAUAUGGUUGGAUUUCAAACCGAUCGCAUAGUUCAGGACACUUUUCGGUACAAUAAGCUAAUCGUUUCUGGCUUGGAGCAUGUGGAAUGCCAUAAUUUGUAAUUCUGUAAUUCAAGCACAAAUAAGUACACAACUUUAAAGCACUAUACACUAAUACAUAUUAUAAAUGCGACCACGCGAAGGCGUAGACUACACGUGGCUAAGUUUUAAGUGUUCGCAACACUAACAGCAAGUAAAGCAACGUAAAGGAAACAAAUGUAAAACAUAAUAUCAUGAACAAUAAAACGAAGAAAAACUUACAGAUAAA